AUUUGGAGAGAUGAAUCGAACAAAAUUAGUAUUGAUUUCUCAUUUACGUCAAUCCAUCAGACUCGUAAGAAAUCAAAAAGAAAGAAGACAUUGCGUUGCAAUUCAAAGAGGUUUGAUGUCUUGCUCUCCAGUAUACUUGCUUUUGCUGGGAAAAACAUGGGAUGUUCUACUUUAUCGUUCAGGUUUAUAGUUGAGCUUUAAAACCAGAUGUUGCAGAAUUUGACAUUGCUUCUUGGACAAUGAAUAAAAACCCUUUGAAUGAUGGUAAGCAGCAAGUUGAUUUGCUGGAAGAUAACUUUGAUAUUACGAGUUCAAAUGUUAAGUUUUCCCGUAUCAGCAGGAGAGAGCCGAAAGAGUCCGUUGAACUUGGAACGUGUUAUCUGUAGUCCUGUUAUGCCAGAGCCAUCAGCUUCGUUGAAUCAUCAUGCUGGUCAUAAGUUCCAUGAGGUGUUUCAGCUGAAACAAGGGUGCUAUGCCGAUCUUCCUGCUGCUAGUAUUUCGGAAAUGAUGAAGUCGAGUAGUUUAGAUAAUGCUCCGACUCAGUCACUUCUGAGUGUUGUGAAUGGGAUUCUUGAUGAAAGCAUUGACAGGAAGAAUGGAGAAAUACCUCAUCGUGUAGCAUGCCUGUUGAGAAAGGUGGUGCAAGAGAUCGAGCGUCGGAUAUCUGCCCAAGCAGAACAUAUACGAACUCAAAACAAUACGUAUAAAGCUCGCGAGGAAAAGUAUCAAUCGCGAAUCCGUGUCCUUGAAACCCUUGCAACUGGGAGUAGCGAAGAGAGUCAGAGUUGUGGCAAAAAAAAAAUAUUUGGGGGACACAAUUUUUUUUUUUUGCUGCGGGGCAAAAAAUUCUCAGUAUUUCAGGUUGCUCGCUCCCUGCAGAAGGACAACAAUCAAACAGAAGAAAGAAAUAAACUUCAGGAGCAGCUUUUGGAUAGUGUAAUAAAAGAAAAGUUCAGUAAAGAUCUUGAGAUUUCAGCAUUGAAGGACGAACUGGAUGUAAUCAAGAAGAAAUAUGAGCAAUAUUUGGAAGCCCAAGCUAACAAAAAUCAACAUGAUUUAAAGGAAUCAUUAAAGUGCAACAGCGAUCUUGAAAUUUCAGCACUGAAGCAAGAACUAGAGAUAAGCAAGAAAGCUCAACAUGAGUUGGAGGAACAAUUAAAAUCUAGUCAUGAACUUGAAAUUGCAGCAUUGAAGCAAGAGCUUGAAAUAAACAAGAAGAAUAAUGAUCAACGUUACCUGCAUUUGGAAUCACAUUCUAAGGAAGCUCAACAUAAACUGGAGGAAAGAUUAAAGUCUAAUAGUGAUCUUGAAAUUUCAGCACUGAAGCAAGAGCUGGAACUGACCAAGAAGAAAUAUGAACAACGUUGUUUGCAUAUGGAAGAACAAGCGAAGAAAACUCAAAAUGAGUUGCAGGAAACAUUAAAGGGCAGUAAAGAUCUAGAAGUAUCAAAAUUAAAGCAAGAACUUGAAAUAAACAAGGAAAAGCAUGAGCAACGUUGCCAACAUUUGGAAACACUUGCAAAGGAAACUCAAAUUGAGUUAGAGAAACGGUUGAAGGAGCUUCAGUGCCUCUUAGAGGAUUCCAAAACGAAGGAGAAAAAACUUGAGUCAGCCUCUGCAUUAAAGGCUCGGAUUUGGUAUGAUAAAGAACAUACUUAUCGGAGUUUCAUAGAUUCUCUGUUCCAAGCCUUACAGGAUGUACGAUCAGCAUCCCAAGACAUCAAGCAGGAAGUUGUGAAUACACAAAUGUCAUAUACAGAACAAUUUCACCAAUUGAGGGAAAAAUUCAAAGUACUAGCAGAUGCAGAUGAAAAUUGUAAUAAAGUUAUUGCAGAAAACAUAAAGUUACAUAACGAAAUCCAAGAUAUAAAAGGAAGCAUCAGGGUUUAUUGUCGUAUAAGACCAUCCUCUCCUGGACAGAGUGGAAAGAAGACAUGCAUUGAUUAUAUUGGUGAGAAUGGAGAGAUGUCUAUUGAAAAUCCUAAUAAACUAGGGAAAGAACGCCGCCGCAACUUCAAGUUUAACAAAGUCUUUGGUCCGUCAUCCACUCAAGAGGAGGUGUAUUUGGACACUCAACCUUUAAUACGAUCUGUACUUGAUGGGUACAAUGUCUGCAUCUUCGCAUAUGGUCAAACUGGUUCAGGAAAGACUUAUACAAUGAGUGGCCCCAAUAAUGCAUCUAAAGAUGAAUGGGGGGUCAACUACAGAGCUCUAAAUGACCUCUUCGAUAUCUCUUGGAAUAGGAGAAGCACUUUUUCAUAUGAAAUUUCGGUUCAAAUGGUUGAAAUAUAUAAUGAACAAGUUCGGGAUUUGCUUUCCGAAGGUUCACAGAAAAGACUUGAGAUACGUUCUAGUGUUACUCAACAGAAUGGAUUAGCUGUUCCUGGUGCUAGUAUGCAUACAGUCCAAUCAACUGCUGAUGUCUUGGAGUUGAUGCAUAUUGGGUUGAAUAACAGGGCUGUAAGUGCCACUGCAAUGAAUGAAAGAAGUAGUAGAUCCCACAGUAUUGUAACAGUUCAUGUGCAAGCAAAGGACCUGAAGAGUGGUUCUGCUUUUCGGGGUAGUCUUCAUUUGGUAGAUCUUGCCGGGAGUGAAAGAAUUGAUCGGUCUGAGGUAACUGGCGACAGGCUAAAGGAAGCACAACAUAUAAACAAAUCACUUUCUUCGCUUGGAGAUGUCAUAUUUGCAUUGGCACAAAAGAGCCCUCACGUACCAUAUAGAAAUAGCAAGCUAACUCAAGUUCUUCAGAAUUCUCUAGGUGGCCAGGCGAAGACUCUAAUGUUUGUCCAGCUUAAUCCAAAACCUGAUUCGUAUUCUGAGACUUUGAGUACUUUGAAGUUUGCUGAGAGGGUGUCUGGAGUUGAGCUUGGUGCUGCACAGAGCAACAAAGAGGGCAAGGAUGUUAGGGAAUUAAUGGAACAGGUGGCAUCUCUUAAGGAUACGAUAGCAAAGAAAGAUGAGGAGAUUGAACAUUUACAACUGCUUAAAGAUUUGAGUAAUGCAGUUCCCAGUUCCAAUAGUGAGAGAAAAGCUAGUGCUGGUGGUGGGGUAGCAGUACAACGUGGGAACAGACUGUUAAGUGAGAAAGGCUUGGCACUACCUGAUCGAAGUGAUAAAGCAGCUUAUUCAUCUGACCAGGAGAACAAUGACUCGGACCAUGCUGAUUCUCACCACUCAAUGGAAGCAGAUCAUGCUGAGGAGAAGACAAGUGACCCAACUGGAAUGGAUGCUGAUGGCUCAACACCCGAGAGCCUUGUCGGUGAUUCGCAAUUACCAGCAGAUAGCAUAGAGAAUCCUGAAGGACCAUCUAGAAUUCGUGUAAAGCAGACACAAACAACAUCACCAAUGGCACGGGCGUCCUCGUCGGCAGCUCUGUCUCGGGUGUCAUCACCAAAGGAUUCUCCACUGAAAGUGUCAAAAAGUUCCAGCAAAAUAGUUGCCACAGCUUCUUCAACCAAGAACAAAGGGUGGAAGUAAAGUGAAAGCUUUUUAUGACUAUUCACAUGAUUUCGCUCAAGCUCAAAUAUUGGUCCAUUAGUUGGUAUUUCUUGUGUGUACAUAGACGACAUCCCUAGUAAGAAUCAUCCUCGUUUACAAUUCCAAGUCCUUCCUGCAACUCUAUGCUAGAGUUAAUGAUGCAUCCCUAAAACUUGGGUUCCUUUAAAAUUUAGUUGAGGGCUCAUUAGAACGCAGUUUGGUUUCCAAGCAUUGGGUAGUAGCACUUAUUGUCGACCUUUGAUCGGGUACAUAAUGAAUAAUAUUUGGCGUUUGAUCAGACUAAUUAACGAAUAAUCUCCCUUUUUGAUUAA